AUGGAUUCGUACUGGCUAGCUAGAUCAUUAAAACCUUCGGCAAAAUCUAUGAGUAAAGAUCAAAAUAUUAAAUAACUAAAUAGUUGCUAAGUUGAUGAAAUUCAUGAAGAUUCCAAGAAGUUGAUUCACUCGAUGUCCAUGAUGAUGGCAAAAGAAUCCAACAAGGUAGACAGUCCUCUUAUCAAUAAAGGUAGAAAAUCUGCAUUAUCUCCUGCAAUGUAAUAACUUGGCAAAGUGUUCGCUUAAAAUAAUGAUGAUAAUCCCAUCUAAAUAUUGGCUAAGCUUGAACAACUAGAGAAAAAGAAAGUUGGAAUGAAGACACUCGUCGACUCAAGUAAAAUUGACUUAACUGAAUAUGAAAUGAACGAGUUCAGCAAUGAAAUAGGCAACAGAGAAGAGUUCGAAUUCCAAAUGAGGUUCUUAGGUGCAUCUAUACAAACUCCUCUCUCUCAUUCUCUUAAUGAGAUCAGGUAUUUCUUAAAAUAGGAAAAGCCAAUGCUAAUUAAAAAUGAGUGUAGAUCAUCAAUGAAUACAGUCACUGACAAGUAAAUACAACAAGAGUAAAACUAUAUUGAAGAGGAAAUGAGCUUAAUCUUUAAUAACAAUAACUUCUCUAUGCCCCAAUCUCCUUCAAAGGCCUUUAAUGGAGAUCACUCGUUCGAAUGCUCAUAAGUUAAUAGUCCAAGAUUAUCUAUGUUUGAAGAUCAGGGUUUAGACGAUAUUAUUAAGGGAAGGAAUUAAAGUGACUAAAAUGACGAUCAAGUCCCGCUAGCUAGACGAGUAAGCCACUAGCAUGACUUUGGCAAGAUAACUGAUGAAAAAAUUGACAACUUUUUCAGUAUGUUGAAGCCGAAAUUGUCAUUUUAUCACAGAUCCAGCAAGAAAGCAACUCCAAGUUCGAGAAAGUCAGGACUAACAACUGCAACUGGGGAAAAGAGAAGUUAUAAUGUAUGUAGUAUGCCUAUUUUAGAGAUUGACAGUGCCAGUUAUUCAAGUCAAUAGGAGAACAAAGAGCAGCUGUAAGUAUUCCAGUCAUAGCUUAGUUUAUCUGAACUUCAAUAAAAUCACUAUAAACAUGCUUAAUACAAUGAAACAGAUGACUUGAUAAUGAUAGAUGAAAUCGAUUAUCUUUAAUAUACAAACUAAGAAGACAAAGUUCAUACUGACUGCUAAUAAAAUAUAAAGGAAGUGCCGCCUUAAAUUGACUUCUAUGAUUAAGAUAUUGAAAUGUUUGAAAUUAAGGGUAAUCAUAAGACCUCUAAAAAGAAAAAGUUGUUCGAAAAAGUUGAUGAGCUCAUAGUAGAUCUUACCGAUGACAUGGAUGACUACGACAACAAGUAUAUUACUUCUCAACUGCAGAUUAUACUACAAUCUAUGAAUCUACCUCCGCUAACUAAAGAAGCGCUUGAGAAGAUGAAAUCUCUGACCUCAAUCAAAGACUUGAAAAACUAAAUCUGGGCUCAUAUCACAUAAGAGUUGCUUGAUGAGAAGAAUAAAAGAAUACCUGUCUCAGAGAUAUUCGGUGAUCAGAUGCAGAGGUUCAAGGGAUAGAAUCUCUCUCAUUAAAUGGCUUUUGUAGGUUUGCUUCAUGUCAUUGCUGAGUAGGAUUUAACUCUAUAUUAAAGCAAUUCCAAGAAUAAUAAUGAAAAUGAAGAAUUGUUUGUUCAAAAAUUCUGA